AUGGCGAGCGAUCUCACGUUCAGAAUGCUUCAAGUCCCUCUUUUUACGUUUCUUCUUUCCUUGUGCCUGGUAUUCCCCACGGUGCAGGGUUGGAGAAACAUAACCGACAUUGAAAAUGCAUAUAAAGGCAUCUACUGGUGGACCGCCCUCGUGGAAUGUUCAGAUGAACACUUUGAUAUACUGGUUGAGUCUACUCGAAUGAUGUCGGCGAAGAUAAUAAGUCAGGGGAGCAUCAGGUUAGAUAUCGCUGCGCCUCUAAGCAAGGUCGAAGGUGCUGAGUGGUCAAACAUCCUCGCAUGGUACGGGCAGAGUCUUCCGAACGUAGGCGUCAAGUAUAAUGCGGAUAACUACGCCUGGUUCUGGACUAACAACUGGUUCAACGAAAAGUGGGGAUGGAAGGAUAACGGAUUAGAUCCCAGAUGGAGCCCCGAGAACACGACCAAGCCUGGUGGCCCUCACGACAUGGCCGGUCCUGGGCUUGGAUUUCUGAUGCCGAAGGAGAACCAAACCAAUGAACAGAAAAAUUGUCACGCCGGCAAUGAUCCGCGUGAGGUAUUCUGUGACUAUCUUGGAGAGCCCUAUAGCGAGUGGCUCAAGGAUCACGAGAAACCCUUCACUUCAGAGGGAGGCUGUGAGCUGACGAAGCAAUGCUGGAACUCCUUUAGUGAAUUUGCGAUCGAUCCAUCUUGCGUCUGUAAAUGUGACGGUGAAAGAACUCCGCUGUCUGAUCCCGAGUGUGCUGGGUUUAGAGGAGGUCCUCCUGGAAGUCAUUCAUAUGCUUAG